AUGGCGAGUGCCUUCAAUUCUACAACUCUUUACAGCAACAUGACCCAGAUGUCCGUUACUAACAGCAACAAGGUCAUUGAUAGUAUAAAAAUUUUCAUGAUGUUUCUGAUGCUUUCUUCAUUCUGUUUCUUUGUGUAUUUCAUCUCAGUUUUGCUCCGAGUUUACUUCACCACCUCUCACGUGCAAGAGAACUCUCGCUACAUCCUAUUUGUGCACAUGCUCAUAAAUGACACGCUUAACUUGACCAUUGGACUCUUUCUUUUUUUGUGCUCCUAUUUUAUGUUAUAUAUUCCUGCACCAAUCUGCAUUAUCAUUUUAACUCUGGCGGCAUCAUCAUUUAGAGUUACACCAUACAGCCUAGCUGCAAUGUCCUUGGAGCGAUACGUUGCCAUCUGCCAUCCCCUAAGGCACGUAGAGUUUUGCACUGCUCAGAGAUCUCAUGUUGCCAUCGCCACCAUGUGGGUCGUUUCGCUUAUUUUUCCUGUUGCAGAUGUUAUCGCCUUAAUCGCCACCGUUCCGAAGAGUUUUUAUUCUCAAUGCGUCAUGUGCCAGCGGAAUAGACUGACAAUAAGCCAACUGCAAGUGAGCAUGAGGUCCUUCAGCCUCAUCUCCAGCUUAGUCCUUGUUGCCCUGGUAAUUAUUUAUACCUACAUCAAAAUUAUGGUAGUGGCUCUGAAGAUUGGUUCUGGCAACUCUUCUGCCUUUAAAGCCGGUAAAACCGUUAUGUUGCACGGGUUCCAACUUCUCCUGAGCAUCAGUUCUUUUGCCUCCUCACUUACAGAAACUUAUUUCAGGGAAUCCACUGUUUUGCUUCUUCCUAACUUUAUAGUGUUUACGUAUCUACCAAGGCUUCUCAGCCCUUUAAUUUAUGGAAUAAGAGAUGAAGUGUUCAAUAAAUGUAUUAAAAAGAUGUACUACUCCAAACCUUAA